CACUCCCCUGGCGAUCGAUCCAUCCCUAUUGAAUAUGACUGCAUUUGCAGGUGUAAGUCAACCUGAUCUUGAGAUGGAACUGGCCGAUAUAGCCGACAAAGAUAUAUGGGUGUCCAAGUUCAAAUGCUUGAACACUACUCUUGAGGAUGUUGCCCGCCAGAAGGCCAUUCUGGCUAAGAAUCAUAAAUGGAGUGAUAUUGAAAACCUUCCCAAACAGGACAAACUUGUAUUCGAAACAUGGAAUGCCAUCCCCGACACCUAUAUAAACAUGAAAAAGUAUGCAUUUGGAGUCCUGUCGAUCUUCGGUUCCACAUAUGUAUGUGAGCAGGUCUUCUCCAAUAUGAACUAUAUUAAAAACAAACAUCGAUCACGCCUCACAGAUGACAGCUUGCAAGCCUGUGUGAAAAUGAAGGUGACGUCUUACAGCCCUGAUGUGCAGACACUGAGCACUGAGGUUCAGGAGCAAAAGUCCCAUUAACCAGGUAAAUUAAAUAUUUUAAUUAGCUAUUAAUUU